AUGAAGCUGCACUACAUCGGCAUCAUCCGGAACGAAGGCAAGCCUGCGCACGAAAUCGUCGCCGAGAAAGAGCUGAGCGCAUACUCGCGCUUCACCCGCAACAACUAUGCCGAGUUCAUGACCCUCUUCGCAAAGACCGUUGCCGAGCGCACCAAGGCUGGCCAGCGACAAGAUGUGGAGGAGCAAGACUACACCUUCCACGCCUACGGUCGCACCGAGGGGAUCUGCGGCAUCAUCAUCUCCGACCACCAAUAUCCCGCCCUCGUCGCCCAUCAGCUCCUGAGUAAAUGCGUCGAUGAAUUUCUCUCCAAGAACCCACGCACCUCCUGGGCCACUGGCCAGCCUCAGAUUGCCAUGCCAGAGCUCAAGGAGUAUCUCACAAAGUACCAGGAUCCCCAGCAGGCCGACAGCAUCAUGAAGAUCCAGAAGGAGCUCGACGAGACCAAGAUUGUGCUUCACAAGACCAUCGAGAGUGUGCUGCAGCGUGGCGAGAAGAUUGAUGACUUGGUGGCCAAGAGCGACGGCCUGAGCUCCCAGAGCAAAAUGUUUUAUCAGCAAGCCAAGAAGCAAAAUUCUUGCUGCAUACUGAUGUGA